GAGAAGUGUUCUGUGAGGCCGUUUGGGAUUCCGUUUUGUGCUGGCCUUCUAUUCCAGCAGGACAGACUGCUUGGAGGUCCUGCUGGCAGGUUCUGCAGUACGUUCCAUCCUUGGAUGUCAACAGCGUCGUCCUCCCACCAGAAGCGAAAGCCUACAGAAUAUGCGAUAAAGAUGGAAAAUGGCUUUGGGGAAGUUGGACCAAUUACAGCGAAUGCUUGAAUUUUACAACUACUGAUGUACCAAAGACUCCACUAACAGUGAGUUUGAUUCUUCUCGUCUGCUCGUUAAUAUCGUUGUUCUUUCUUGCUGUCACCAUCUUCAUUUUCUUCUACUUCAAAUCUCUACAAUGUUCAAGACUGAGAGUUCACAGGAAUCUGGUAGUGGCUUUGAUAAUCCACUCUUUGAUGCUUGUUGUCAUAUCUCUACCCGUCGUCGGAGGGACGAGUAUACCUUCUUACAGAGAUAUAGGUUAA